GCUCCAAGAUAAGCCUUAUCUAUUAAUCGUUUGAACGUAUAAAAAGCAUUUAUAAAGUCGUAUACUAGGUAGUAUCAAGACAGUUGCAUUCGAAACAUUCACGCGAUAACUUUGAUUCUUUAAUUCAUCGUAAUUGUGAUCUGCAGUGACUAUUUGUAGUGAAUAUUGUAGUGAAUAUUUUGUUUCAUUUCAAUUUCUAACAAAAACAAUGAAGGGCUUCAAGAUAAUUAUAACAGUAUUAUUAAUUAAUUUUUCAAUCAGCAGAGCCUAUAGAAUUUUGGUAAUAUUUCCAUUCCAUGCCAAAAGUCAUGAUAAUAUGUUGUCUGCAUUUGCGAAAGGUUUAGCUGAGCGUAAACACCAAGUGGAUGUUGUGACGCAUUAUCCUUUAAAAAAUCCACCUGACACGUACAAAGUCGUUGUGAAUUUGAAUGGUACUGAGCCACCCAUAAUAAACAGUUUUCACAUUGAUUAUGCCAAAACGAUAGCUGAAGACGUCACUACCGCGGUGUCAGAUCGUUAUGGUAGUGAUCUUUGCCACUACAUGAAUUUGCCAGAAUUUCAAAAGUUAAUAAAAAAAAUCAAAAGUAGUAAAGAAAAGCUUUAUGAUCUCGUCGUUAUGGAAGUGUUCGGAUCAAGCUGUUACAUUGGUUUUGGCCGCCUUUUGAAAGUACCAGUUGUUGGAAUUUCAACAUUGAUAGAAUUUCCUUGGAUAAGCGAUUUCAUCGGUAACGAUGAUAAUUUAGCUUACGUUCCAUCCUGUUCUUCAACAUAUUUUGACAAAACUAAGUUUUGGGAUAGAUUGAUGAAUUUUUUACAUUAUCACUCUCAAAAAUAUCGUUUCCAAUCAAAAACUGAAAAAAUCCAAACGGAGCUAAUGAGAAAAUAUUUGAGCCCUGAUAUGCCCAAUGUAAGAGAAAUUGAAAAAGAUGUCGCUUUAACUUUUGUUAAUAGGCAUCCAGUAAUAUUUGGGGUAAAGCCAUUGGUUCCAUCUUUGGUAGAACUCAGUGCUUUACACAUAGAGAAAGACCCAAAACUUCCAGCGGAUUUACAAAAAUGGCUUGAUGAGAGUAAAUCAGGUGUUGUAUAUUUUACUUUUGGAUCAAUGGUAUUAAUUGAAACUCUACCAGAACAUCAGCUUCUCGGAAUUUAUGAUUCAUUAAGAAAAUUAAACCAAAGAGUGUUAUUGAAAAUAGCUGACCCAGCAAAAUUACCGCCAAACCUACCAGAAAAUGUAUUAACAUCCCCAUGGAUUCCUCAACAAGCUGUAUUAAAGCAUAAAAAUGUCAAGCUAUUUAUAACACAUGGUGGAUUGAUGGGGUCCCAAGAAGCUUUAUAUUAUGGUGUGCCAAUGAUAGGUAUUCCACUGUUCGGAGAUCAACCGAUAAAUGUGGAUAAAUUUGUUCAAAUGAAAAUGUCUGUAAAAAUAGAGUUUGACAAUUUGACAUCUAGUUCUCUAGAUUGGGCUUUAAAUGAAAUGUUUACAAAUUAUGAAGUUUACAAAGAAAGAGCAGAAUACAAUUCGAGAUUAUUCAAGGACAGGCCGAUGAGUCCACUGGAUACAGCAGAGUACUGGAUCAAGUACGUUAUUCGUUACGGGGCUGGUCCUUUGAAAUCUCCUGCUUUAGAGCUGACUUGGUGGCAAUUAUCAAUGCUCGAUGUAUAUGUUUUUUUACUUAUCUGUUUUAUCGUAGCAAAUCUUUUCUUGUGCUUUUUCUUAUGUAAUUCAGUUAAUUUAUUUUUAGCUGUUGUCAAUUUCAUUAAAAAUCGCAUUAGUAUUAAGCAUAGAACUUCAUCUAGAAAUUUGUCAAAAAAAAUCAAAUGAUUAGAUAGAGUAUAUGUAAUAGGGUUAUUUCUCGUCAAGCAUGAUAAAUUAAAAAAGGAAUAAAACUAUGUAGAUACUCUUAAAAAUGGCAUAGAUAAAUGAAACUGACAGAAAUUGAGCCUUCUAAGUCUAUUUCUCAUGGUUCAACAGAUGCUCAAAGUUGAGUUUUCUUUUUAAAAGUUUUUCUCAAGAUUUUUUUGGAUAUCAAGCUUGACGUAGAAUCGCUCAUAGCAAAUUAUAACGAUAAGUAGGUAGCCUUGUAAAUUAUUUAAAGUGUUCUAAAGAAUAUGUUAAAGUAAAUAAAGUAGAAAUAUUUUUUCAAAUUUA